ACCAACCACAGUGCUACGUUGGUUGGUUGUGCGGAGUUCUAAUCACAACGAACGUAAGCGUUGUUUGUAGGAAGAAGAAGCCGAUUCUGGAAGCCAUUACGUUGCGCAGAUCAAUUGAGUAAAUAGUACUAUUUUACGUACAAUACGCACAAUUAUUUAAAAGAAACAGCAAUUUAUGCAAAUAUGGCAUCGAAUGGCAAAAAGAGAAAAAUGAAUUUUUCUGAGAGAGAGGUCGAAAUUACUGUGGAGGAAAUUGAGAAAUAAAAGCACAUACUCGUUCACACUCACAUAGUAAAGAAUAACGCGUGGAUAGAAAUCCUGAAGAAGGUGAACGCUGUAACAACCUGCCCAAGAGAAUUGGCGGAGGUCAAGAAGAAGUGGUCGGAUAUGAAGACCGAGGUGGCACAGGCGAGGGCGGCAAUUGAGGAUACCACUACCGACUGCACUUCGGUUCCCGUUAUCCUCACUGCUAUGCAGCAGCGUAUUUGUAACCUCUUGGGAGAGGCGACUAUCAUCAGUUUACCUGCUGGAGACCCAAAUGCUGAGAUAACUUUACCUGUUACUAUGAGCUCAGUCACCACCGUGACACUCACGGAAAGCCUUCAGACAGCUUCAGCAUCAUGCGAGGAGACGAAAUCCCUAGAUGUCGAGACCACGUACCACACUCUGGAGGAAGGCGGCAUGGUGGAGUACUGCACCACCACCGAGGCCACACCCACCGUGGUGACCGCCAUGGAGUUGCAUCCAGUGGUAAUGCUGACUGCAAUGUCUUCGACCCGACCGCCCAGCCAGGCCAAGCCCCAGGAGCUGAAGAGCCGCAUUGCCCUCAACUCGGCACGGCUCCUCCAGGAACAGCGGGUCACCAAUGUGCACGUGAGGCAGAUCGCUCAGCAUCUGGAGGGACAGAACCAAUUACUUCAGAUGAUCCGUAGGUCCCAGGAGGCGCAGGCCUAUGCCCAGGAGAGGCAGGCCCAGGCACUGGAGUGCACCCAGGCAGCCCUGCUGGCCCUGGUUCAGAUGAUGAGGCCGGCUCUCAAAGACCCGAGGAAGUUCCUGCAGAGCGGGACUGACAACUCCAACAACUCGGGGACUCUUGAGGGCGCGCAAUAGAGGCCCAAGAUCCCGUUGCCACAGCCAGCCGAGGAUGAACAAUAAAGUGUGUGUGUGUGAGAGAGUGUGUGUGUGUGUGUGUGUGUGUGUGUGUGUGUGUGUGUGUGUAUGAAAUGUGUUUGUGAGCUUGCUCAUGCUUGUAUGAAAUAUGAGAACUUUGAGAGAAAGAUAACUGUAAUGAGUUCCCUCAGAAUGAGCAUGCACAGAGGUUUAGUGUUAUAGUUCUAGAUAGAAAUAAGUUGCUGUAAAGGUUGUAAAAUGAAGUUCACAUUUUCCAUUAUGGAUUUGUAUAAUUGACCAUAGCCAUACUUACUAAAAAGAGUAUAUAAAAUCUUCAAAAAUGUAUUCUUCUUAGAAGAGCUAAAUUGACCCAGGCACAGUUGUUUUUAUUUUUAAUUUUUUUAUUUAACCUUUAUUUAACCAGGUAGG